GUUUUCCUUAUUUUUCUCUCACUUUGCGAUGUUUCUCUGCUGUUCUGUAACUUCUUCUUCUUCUUUAAUCCAUCAAAACCCUAACCAGGGACAAUAAGCCACUGCAAAAAAAGUUAUCACUCUUCGAAGCCCUGUGUUUCUUCGACGCGGUUUCGCCGGUCAGAAUCCCUAAUUUAGCAAUGGCGGCUUCUGCUUCAAGGGACCAUGCUCUCUCUCUCCUCGCUGCCACCAACAACCACGGCGAUUUGGCGGUGAAGCUCUCCUCUAUCCGACAGGUGAAGGAGAUUUUGUUGUCAGUGGACCCAUCUCUUGCCGCCGAGCUUUUCCCUUAUCUCGCGGAGCUCCAGUCGUCGCGUGAACCUCUUGUCCGUAAAUCGCUUGUCGAGAUUAUUGAGGAGGUUGGUUUGAGGAUGAUGGAGCAUUCUCAUGUCCUGGUGCCUGUGUUGCUAGCAUUGUUAAGGGACAAUGAUCCUGUUGUUGCGAAGCAAUCAAUUUCUUCUGGCUCAAAUUUCUUUUGCAGCUUCUUGGAGGAGACGUCAUUGCAGUUUCUUCAUCGGGGUAAUGUUGAACGGUGGGCCGGAGAACUAUGGACGUGGCUGAUUAAAUUCAAAAAUGCUGUAUUUGCUACUGCAUUUGAGCCUGGUUCUGUGGGAGUGAAGGUUUUGGCGCUAAAAUUUAUGGAGACGUUUGUUUUGCUUUUUACCCCUGAAGCUUCUGAUUCUGAGAAACUUUCCAAUGGGGGAGGUCGGCGGAGGUUCAACAUUUCCCAAACUUCUGGUGGCCACCCCAUUCUGAAUCCUUCAAUGUUGAUGUCCGAUGCAAAGAGGACAGUUGGCAUGUUAUUCGAUUUAUUACAGUCGGCUGGUCGGCUUCCAGGCGCAUUGACAAUAACUGUUGUUAGUUGUCUUGCAGCAGUAGCGAGGAGGAGGCCUGUACAUUACAAUACUGUUCUCUCCACUUUGCUGGAUUUUCAUCCAGAUCUUGAGGCUACGUUGGGAUGCCAUGCUGCAAGUGUCCAGUAUUCAAUUAGAACUGCCUUUCUGGGAUUUCUUAGAUGUACUAUUACACCCAUUGUAGAGUCGAGAGACAAGCUCCUUAGAGCUUUACGUGCAAUGAAUGCUGCAGAUGCUGCUGAUCAAGUGGUCCGUCAAGUCGAUAAAAUGAUUAGAAAUAAUGAACGUGUUGCACGGGAAAAUUGGUCAGGCAAGAAUAAUCAAGUGAUGAAUAAUCAAAAUCUUUCUUGGGAUCUGUCAAAGAAACGGAUAAUGCCUCAGGAUGAUGGGUAUACAACUAAUGGAGAGGUUGCUUCCAAGCGUGUACGCUAUAAUUCUAACUUGCAUUCGGUUCGUCAAGUUCAAUCUAGUGAUGCUCCACAUGACUCUGUGGCUAUCAAUGGCCUUUCCUCUGGUGGUCAAAACUUGGAUGGUGAUUUGACUCCAGUGGAACAAAUGGUUGCAAUGAUUGGUGCUUUGCUUGCGGAAGGAGACAGAGGGGCCGAAUCACUAGAAGUUCUCAUUUCUAAGCUCCAUCCAGAUAUGCUUGCCGAUAUUGUAAUAAGCAACAUGAAACACUUGCCUAAGAAUCCCCCUCCAUUGGCGAGGCUUUCACAUGUUCCUGUAAAUCAGUCUGCUGGUUCACUGGGUAACCCAGUAGAGAUUUCAGCAUCUCCUUCUCCUAGAAGUUCCAUGCUGUCUCCAGCUUUGGCAAAACAACUUCCUUUACCUCCACCUGUCGCUGUAGGAUCAUCAUUGUCUGAAGUGCCUAGCUCGAAUAGUAUGGUUGCGGACCCUAGACGUGAUCCAAGAAGGGAUCCUCGCCGCUUGGACCCAAGGCGGGGAAAUGCAUCUGUGGUACAAGCAUCCUUUCCUAGUUCCGAGGGAAAAGACUCAGUUUCACCAGAGAUUGAUGUCUCUGUAUUACCAAAUAAGUACCUCUUGACUCCCGUUGUGACAGCAGAUGCAAGUGGUCCAGCACAUCCAAUGACAGGUGUCCAAAGUGAUAAUAAACUCAUGGAGAGUUCAUCAGUCCCUGGAAUUGAUCAGCUGGAUGGCAGAGAGGAUGUCUUGGCUGCUUCCAAAGAGGGUAUAAGUCUCUCUAAAGGCAAAGUACCUUCAGGUAUUUCACUUUCUCCUUGCCAGGUUGAUGAUGAUGCCAGGGAGACGAAGUUUUCAGGUGCUGAAACAAAGUAUGAUUUGAAUUUGGCAUCUUCAAUAGAUUUUGAUCACCAAUCUCCUUCCGCAUCAAACAUAACUGCCUCAGAGGAUACUCACCGAGAAUUGCCAUCUGUUCCAUCAUAUGUUGAGCUAACCACAGAGCAAUGCAGAACUAUCGAGAAGUUGGCUAUUAAACAUGUAAUUGGAUCCCAUAGGCAUGUUUCUGGGUUUGGCUCUAACAAGAUUCGCAUGGAUUUGCUUGCUCGGUUGAUUGCAAAGAUUGAUGCUGGUGACAACGUUGCAGCAAUGCUCAGAGAGCAUAUUCUUGUGGAUUAUCAAGAAAAUAAGGGGCAUGAACUUGUGUUACAUGUUCUGUAUCAUCUUCACUCUACAGCAAUGCUGGACAUAGAUGAAUCUCCUACCAGUUCUACUGUAUAUGAGACUUUUCUCUUAGCAGUGGCACGAUCGUUGUUGGAUGUUCUCCCUGCUUCAGACAAGUCUUUCAGCAGACUUUUGGGAGAAGCUCCCCAUUUACCUGAUUCCGCCAUAAAGCUAUUGGAUGAUCUCUGCUCUUCCUCUGUUUCCGACCCAAAUGGAAGAGAAGUCCGUGAUAGUGAGCGUGUCACCCAAGGACUUGGUGCAGUAUGGAGCUUAAUUAUAGGACGUCCGAAUGAACGACAAGCAUGCUUAGCUAUAGCUUUGAAGUGCUCUGUUCAUUCUGAAGAUGACAUACGGGCAAAAGCUAUCCGACUUGUCACAAACAAACUCUAUCAAUUGACAUACAUAUCACAACAUAUUGAGCAAUUUGCAACAGAUAUGUUGCUUGCUGCUGUAGAUUCUGAGUCAGAGCUCUCACAAGCUGGAAUUGCACCACAAAGAAUUGAAACAGAGGUGGAAAGCCAGAGAACAUCCAGGGGUAGCUCUCAGGUUUUAGGCUCUGGAACAUCUGAUGUUUGUUCUCAAAGGGAUGUACAACCUUCUCAUGACGUUUCUGCUUUGUCGUUUCCUGAAGCUCAGAGACUAACAUCUCUGUUUUUCGCUUUAUGUAAAAAGAAACCUAGUCUCCUUCGCCUUGUAUUUGAUGUUUACGGACGAGCUCCAAAAGCAGUAAAACAGGCAUUUCACCGUCAUAUACCUAUUCUGAUGCGGGCAUUGGGUUCAUCGUAUUCAGAGAUUCUCCAAAUAGUAUCUGACCCUCCUACAGGAAGUGAAAAUUUAUUGACAUUGGUGCUGGAAAUAUUGACACAAGAAACAGUGCCUCCACCAGAUUUUAUUGCUACUGUAAAGCAUCUAUAUGAAACUAAGCUAAAGGACGUUUCCAUUCUUAUUCCAUUGUUGUCUUCACUCUCGAAAGAUGAGGUUUUACCCAUCUUUCCUCGGCUUGUUAAUCUUCCGUUGGAUAAGUUCCAAAUGGCACUUGCUCAUAUAUUGCAGGGUUCUGCUCACACGGGUCCAGCCCUUACGCCUGCAGAAGUACUGGUUGCUAUUCAUGGCAUUGUUCCUGAGAAGGAUGGUCUCCCACUAAAGAAGGUAACAGAUGCAUGCUCGGCAUGUUUUGAACAACGCACUGUUUUCACACAGCAAGUCUUGGCAAAGGCCCUCGGCCAAAUGGUUGAUCAAACUCCUCUGCCGCUGCUCUUCAUGAGAACUGUAAUUCAGUCAGUUGAUGCUUUUCCGAAUCUGGUCGAUUUUGUCAUGGAAAUCCUCUCAAAGCUUGUGGGUAAGCAGAUAUGGAGACUGCCAAAGUUGUGGGUCGGGUUCGUGAAAUGCGUCUCUCAGACACAGCCACAUUCUUACCCUGUUUUGUUAAAGUUACCGCCGACUCAACUGGAGAAUACACUGAACAAGUAUCCUAACCUCAGACCUUCCCUUGCUGUUUACGCGAACCAGCCAACGGUUAAAUCUUCUUUACCAAGUUCUACUCUCGCAGUUCUCGGGAUUGAGAACGAACAAGACUUGCUGUCCCGAUAUUCCCAAACGUUGCACCCUUCUGAUGCAAGUUCUUCUAUUCACGGGGCGACGUUAACCCGAUAAUUUUCCGGGAAUUUCCAGAAAGUUUGUUGCAUUGUUAAAAAUAGCCACGAAAGCCGGCUUCUCUCGUUUCUCCUCUGGUGGAGGAGACAGAAACUCAAGCUGUUAACACAUGAACGAUGUCAGAAAAUCGAGACCCGACAUGAUAACUCUCAGGUGCUGCUGGUUCGGGAAGAAAGGUUAGCAGCGAAAAGAGCGGUUUGAUCAAAGAGUUUAGUU